AAAAUCAUUAAAUUUUAACUUCUUAAGAAGAUGGCUGAAGCAACUGAAGGGAUCGAGGGGGUUUCUACAUCUGAACCCUCUCCAGCAGUUACAACAACCCCAAAGAAGAGAAAAGGGCUUAUUAGCCCGACUAGCAGUUUUGUAGACUUCGUAGAAUUGGAUUCAGAAUAUUUCACCGAAGAAGGGAUGCAGUACGCUCGGUUUUAUAAUCCAUAUAUCAGCAGAAAAAUCAAGAAACCUAUCUCGGAUACUGACACGAUAAUCCACAUGCUCAAGGGGAGUGUAGGUGCGGGCAUUCUUGCAAUGCCCAUAGCUUUUUCCAACGCAGGGAUAGGCAUUGGUUUGGUUGGAACCCCUCUAAUUGCAACACUGGUCAUUUAUGCAAUAGAGACUUUGUUGACAAUGCAGUAUAUCCAGUGCCAAAGGUUACGUGUCCCGUUUCUUACAAUGGCUCGGUCGAUGAAGAUAGGGCUCCUGAACGGACCCCAACCUCUCCAAAAACUGGCCUGGCUAGCUCCUUCCAUUGUGGAUUUUUUUCUUGUCGCUUAUCAGUUGGGAAUCUGCACAGCCUAUGUUAUAUUCAUUGCAAAAACACUUAAAAGUGUAGCAGAGCCUCGGAUCGUGGAGAAUCUGAACCUUAAUAUUUAUCUCCUGAUGGUCUUCAUUCCAGUAGUUUUGAUCAACUACAUUCGAGAUUUGAAGAAACUGACCUUAGUUUCACUCAUGGCAAAUAUUCUCACGAUACUUGCGUUCAGCUCUUGCUUCUACUACAUCUUUGGUGUUGGACCAUUCAGGUACAAUGAUACCAACUUAGUGUCCUCAAUAACCACAUGGCCACUCUUCAUCGGCACCAACAUGUUUGCUCUGAACACGAUUGGAGUGUUGAUUGUAUUAGAACAUAACAUGGAAAAGCCUCAGCAUUUUCUGGGCACCAAAGGGAUUUUCCCUUUGGGUCUUAUGAUUGUAGCGGCUUUAUACGCUGUAGUUGGGUUCUUCGGUUACGUCAAAUAUGGUAAUGCUGGAGUUCGAGAGACCAUAUUUGCUUCUUUACCUAAGGAUGAGUGGUUGUCAUUGACUGCUGAAGGAAUAUACGGCAUCUGUAUCUACGGCACUCAUCCCCUCCAGUGCUAUGUUGCUCUCGAAAUCCUCUGGGGCAACUAUAUUGUUAAAUAUAUCAAGAACCCCGAAAGAGAGUUUAUUGUAGAGUACAUCCUUCGAACUGUCUGCGUCAUAAUCACUUUUGUGGGAGCUGCACUGAUUCCUCACAUUGACAUCAUGAUCUCCCUGGUGGGGGCCUUCUGUCUCUCUACCCUAGGCAUGAUCUGUCCAUUCCUGCUGGAGCUGUGCACUCUGUGGCCCGACCAGCUCGGCUGCUGCUACUACAUCAUCAUCAAGGACAUCACACUCAUCGUCAUGGGUUUUGGUGUUCUCAUCCUCGGAACGUAUGUCUCAUUGUACACCUUAAUCAUCGAUUAACCUUUCUACAUUUUUAAUUUUGAAAAAGUCUGUCUAGAAAAAUAACUGAAAAAAUCUAAAAAACCUAGAAACUUUUACAAAAGUUUUGUUUUCAACAUUUGAUAAUUAUGAUCAUGUUAAAAUUUCGAUUGACAUUUAUAUAAUAAACAUAGGAACUGUAAAA